CGGGCUGCGAGGGAGGGUGCCGGCAGGCGCGGAGGGAGGAGCCAGGGGAAAGGUGGAGCGCGGGGCGUCGGGGGGCGGUGUGGAGUUGGGGGGAAGAGGAGGGGGCCUGUUAAGGGGAAGGGAGCUAGUGUCUGCGCUGCUGUCUUUGAAUCGCAAGUGUCCGGCGGAAUGUGUCUGCGUCGCGCUCCCGCGGCGGGAUCGAGUCCCCGACUGUCGGUCGGUGGGGUCGGUCUGGGAACCUGCGGCCCUGCCCCCGCUCUCCACCCUGAUCCCACUCGGCUCCACCCAGACCCGUACCCCCCCCCGCCCCCCACCGAUCUUAGACCCACCGCGGGAGCCGGGUCCCUUGGGGGCGGUGAGGAGAGCCCGAAGGAGACCAGUCUGGGCCCCAGUGCCUGCUAAGAACGUGACCUUCGAAGUAGAAAUUGGGAUGGGGGCUUUGAACCAGGUCACCUGGGAAAAGGCAGGGCUGGCGAGGAGGCGUCGGGGGUGAGGCCGGAGUUGGAUGGGGUGAAGACUCCCCGGGGCGGCAUCCAGGGGAGCCGCUGCGACGAGAGGGCAGAGUCCCCUGGGCGUGGUGGGGAGCGGAUCCUCCCACCCGGCUGGAAACCUCUGCCAGUCGGGUGUGGAGGGGUGCCCUCAGCCCUCAGACAUCCCUGCCCCUGGUUGUGACGUUUAUCUUCAGCUUUGCCACUUGGGCACCCCAACCCCUGAAAGCUUCCCGUAUCCCGUCCUCCUCCAUCUAAAAUGUAGGCUGGUUAUUCCAGGCCUCCCUCUCUAAUCUCUUUCUCCAAUCUCCUCUGGGUUCUAGCUUCCUCCCUCCUGGCCUCUUUAGAGAGAAGGAUGUGACUUGUAUUUCUCCCCAAUCCACGUGUGGCUUUUCCGGGAGGGGUGGGGAUGACUCGGUGUGAAGAGCAGCCUCCCCUGGCUUCCACACCCCAUCACCUGGAGGGGACACCAGGGCACAGAGAAGCACAGCAUGCAGCAGGGGCACAUCAGCAUUUGUUGAUGCUUAGGAUGAGGGGGACAGGAACAGGUGAUGCCUGGAAGAGCACAGGGUGCCUCGGAAUCAGCUGUGGAGGGCUCUUCUACCUUCUGUAUGGGCUGCUUCAGCCGCUCAGUGUCUGGCCUGGUCAUCGGGCUGCAGGACGGCCCUGGGAGCAGAACACAUCACUGUGUGCCAGCAUGGGGCACAGGCACCUCGGUCUGUCCUUGCAAGACCUGCAGUGCGAGUGUGUGUUAGGUGCCAGAGGGAGAGUGUCCAGGUGUGCAUGUGUGAGAGGCUGGGAACAGCUGGGUGUCCACGGCCUGACCCUGGACCUUUCCGAGGACCCCCUCCGAGAGCUCCCUGAGGGAUUCACUGCGCCUUCUCCUGGCCCAGGACCAAGGGUCGGCCUGGAAGAAUGCCUGGCAGGGCUCUGGUUCCCGGCAGCCCCCCGCAACCCUGCCCACCACAGGUGGGGUGACUGUGUGGGAUGCCUGGAGGCACAUCAGGUUUAGGGGUUGGAGGGUUACAGGAUCUGAGGCUCAGACCACAUUCCAGCCUGAGUGUCCUCGGAGCUGGUGACCGGUAACCAGGAUGUAACCAGGAUUCCCCUGGGGAGCGAGCUGCUGCCCAACCCUCUUCCAACCGGAUGGUCUGCUCAGAUUAUCCCAUCCGGUUGCCCUGCCCCAAGGGCUGGGGGAGCUGGCUGCAGGCCCCUCUGCACCCUGCCCCCCACACUUUCUAGCCCAGGCACUCCUCCCUGAGGCUGGCUCUCCUUCCCCUAUCUGGGCUUCCUGGUUCUGGAUCCCAGGGACCCUAGGAGAGCAGAUGGACCCCGCCAGCCACAAAUGAUCACCCUCAGUAAGAAGUCAGACCGCACAGAGGGAAGGGCGCAUGCCACCCCCCUGUCCGCAAACAGUCCAAUCGCCCUGGAAACCCCAUUCCUUCUGCUCACUGACCCUCGUUUCUGGAGUGCUUGGCAGGAGAAGCAGGAAAGGGACAGGGGAGAGGAUCAGACACUCAGGAUUUGAGGGCUGGAAGGCCGUGGCCCUGUGACUCUUAACACUAUUGUGGGGUCACGGCCCCCCUUGAGAAUCUAAUAAAAGUUAUGGAACUGUCAUCAGAAAAACAUGCACACACACAAUUUCAAAGUAUUCGUGGAGCCCCUGUCCCACCUGUGAUUCCCCGGGAGGCCCCUGAGGUUUUUACUGGUAAGGAAAUUGAGUCCCAGAAAGAGAGUGUGGCUUGCCCCUGUCCACGUUAAUUGGUGGUAGGGCUUGAGAGUGUACUAUCAGGGACACACGGACCCCCCAUCACACACACACACACACACACACACACACACACACACACUCACUCACACACACAGGAAGGGGAUUGUUUCCAGGGAGAGCUGGCCUCAGCUGGCCUCUGAGGGGAUUGCGCCAUGUGCAGGCAGGUCCAAUCUGGUUCUGGGCAGCUGGGCAUGGGGCUGAGAUAACACCUCCCCAGUGCCACGGGCCUCACGUUCGCUGUCUCAGGCCGCCUUGGACACACUGACCCCAGGCUGCAGUAGCAGCAGUGUGGGGCUGGGGAGGCCAGCCCCAGCCUCUGCUCACCUGCCACGGCAUUGGCUCCUCAAAGCCUCACAGCCCCCAAAGGUGACUUGGGGGUCGCCAUGCUGCUCCCUGCCCUCCUCUGUGGGACGGCAUGGGCACUGGCUAACGGGCGGUGGUGUGAGUGGACAGAGACCAUCCUGGUGGAGGAGGAAGUAACCCCCCGUCAGGAGGACCUGGUGCCCUGCACCAGCCUCCAUCAUUACCAGCGCCGGGGCUGGCGGCUGGACUUGACCUGGAGUGGCCGUGGGGGGCUCUGCCCCAUCUACAAACCCCCGGAAACCAGGCCUGCUGCAUGGAACCUGACGGUGAGGGCUUGCUGCCCAGGCUCGGGGCGGGGAUGGGGUGGGGGCACCCACUGCACCCUGGCCCUUGCCGAAGCCAGCCUUGAGGGCCGCUGCUUUGCCACAUGGCUGUGCCAGCCGAGGGCAGGCUCAGCUAACGCUUCUGUGGGAAGCCUGGAGGAGUGCUGAGCCUGGCCUUGGGGACACAGCUGGCGGGACGGCCACUCCCAGCCCUGCCACAGCUGCUCCAGCCACAAACUCCCCGGUGGGUCCACAGACCCCAGCCUGCGGGAAAGGCACAGCCCCGGCCGUCACUUGCUCCCCUCCCAGGAUGUGUGCCAUCAGUUGCUGGACGGUCCAUGCAGGGAAUGCCAUGUCCAGGUGCCCCCUGCUGAGUACCACAAGGCCUUCCUCUUUGCCUACCGUGCUGGGGCCCCAGCGGGCAGUGGGCGGGAGGAGCGGCUGGAGGCUGCGUGCCCCACCUUGGCCAGCUACGCCCAGGAUCGUGCGGCGCGACGCAUCCACGUGCGCUGGAGGAAGCCCGGCUUCUGCGAGCGCCUGUGCCUAGGGGGCCGGCUGUGCUCGGCCUGCGCCUCGGCCUGCCCGCCCAGCUGCUCGGCAGUGGGCGAAGGGGGCGAGGGGUCCUGCGGGGAGGAGUGCGUGAGCGGCUGCGAGUGCCCGCCCGGCCUCUUCUGGGACCGCGCCCUCUGUGUGCCUGCCGCCCGCUAGCCCUGCUACCACCGACGCCGGCGCUACGACCCCGGUGACACCGUGCGCCAGCUGUGCAGCCCGCGCGUUGGCCAAGACAGCCGCUGGCUCUGCGCGCAGGCGCCGUGCCCCGCCGAGGGCGCGGUGGGCGGGGACGGGCAUUACCUCAUCUUCGAUGGGCGGAGCUUCUCCUUCCGCGGCCGCGCGGGUCGCCGCUUCAGCCUGGUGCAGGACUUCGUAAAGAGGCCGCUACUGACUGUACUGGAGCGCGGGGACUGCAAUGCUGGGAGCUGCCUCCACGCCAUCUCAGUCUCCCUGGGGGACACCCACGUCCAGCUCAGGGACUCAGGAGCAGUACUGGUGGACGGGCAGGAUGUGGUCUUGCCCUGGAGCGGCUCUGGGGGCCUCAGCGUCUCCCGGGCCUCUUACACUUUCCUGCUGCUGCGCUGGCCUGGGGCCCGUGUCCUCUGGGGAGCGUCUGACCCUGCAGCCUACAUCACCCUGGACGCCCGCCAUGCCCUCCAGAUGGCCUGGAACCAGCAGGAUGACUUCCUGACUCCUGCUGGCAACGUGGAGACCAGCAUUGCCGCCUUUGCUAGCAAGUUCCAAGUGGCAGGCGAGGGAAGGUGCCCCUCGGAGGACAGCGCCCCGCUUUCCCGCUGCAGCACCCACACUCAGCGUCACAUUUUCGUGGAGGCAGCCUGUGCCAUCUUGCAUGGCCCAGUCUUCCAGGAGUGCCACGGGCUGGUGGACAGGGCACGGUUCCACCUGCGCUGCUUGGCACCUGUGUGUGGCUGCACCCACGGCGGGGACUGCCUGUGCCCCGUGCUCGCUGCCUAUGCUCGGCACUGUGCCCAGGAGGGUGCCCUGCUUUCCUGGAGAGACCAGACCCUCUGCCCUGUCCUGUGUCCCGGUGGCCAGGAGUACCAGGAGUGUGCCCCAGUAUGCGGUCGGAACUGUGGGGAGACUGAAGGCUGUGGGGAGGUGGGCAGCUGUGUGGCCGGUUGUAAUUGCCCCCUGGGGCUGCUUUGGGACCCUGAGGGCCAGUGUGUGUCCCCCGGCUCAUGCCCCUGCCAGCUUGGGGCCCAUCGCUAUGCCCCUGGCAGUGCUACCAUGAAGGACUGCAACCACUGCAUCUGCCAGGAGAGGGGCCUGUGGAAUUGCACUGCUCAACGCUGCGCCCCACCAUGGGCAUUCUGCCCCCGUGGGCUCGUCUACGUCCCUGGUGCCUCCCUCCUCACCUGUGACAGCCCCAGUGCCAAUGGCUCCUGCCCCCCAGGCAGCAUGGGGGGCUGUGUCUGUCCCCCGGGAGCCGUGCUGCUGGAUGAGGGCUGCGUACCUCCCGAGCUCUGUCCCUGCCGUCACGGUGGGCAGUGGUACCUGCCCAACGCUGCAAUCCAGGAGGACUAUAACAUUUGGGUGUGCCAGGGUCGGCAGUGGCGCUGCACGGGCCAGCGGUGUGAUGGACGGUGCCAGGCACCAGGUACCCCCCACUAUGUGACAUUCGAUGGGCUGGCCCUCACCUUCCCCGGGGCCUGCGAGUAUCUGCUGGUGCGGGCCAGCGGCCGUUUCACAGUCUCUGCCCAGGACCUGUCCUGCGGGGCCAGCGGCAUCACCUGCACCAAGGCGCUGACCGUGCGCCUGCAGAGCACCGUUGUGCACAUGCUGAGAGGCCAGGCAGUGACAGUGAAUGGGGUGAGUGUAACGCCCCCCAAGGUCUACACGGGCUCCGGGCUGAGCCUGCGCCGUGCUGGCCUCUUCCUGCAGCUCGCCACCUGCCUGAGCUUCACCCUGCUCUGGGAUGGGGGCACCCGGGUCCUGGUGCAGCUGUCCCCCGAGUUCCGCGGCCGGGUGGCUGGGCUGUGUGGAGACUUUGAUGGAGAUGCCAGUAAUGACCUUCGGAGCCGCCAGGGAGUCCUGCUGGAGACCACGGCUGAACUGGUUGCCCACUCCUGGUGCCUCAAUCCUCUCUGCCCAGAGCCAGGGGACCUGCGGCACCCCUGCGCCGUGAGGCGUGGUGUGCCCGGCUGGGCCCGCGCCUGCUGCGGGGUGAUGCGGCAGCCGCUCUUUGCCCGGUGCGGUGCGGAGGCCCCAGAGCAGCACUUCGAGUGGUGUGUGCGUGACACCCGCAGAUGUGAUUCAGGGGGCGACUGUGAGUGUCUCUGCUUGGCCAUCGCCACCUACGCAGACGAGUGUUCCCGGCAUGGCACGGGACACGUGCGCUGGCGCAGCCAGGAGCUGUGCCCUCUGCAGUGUGAAGGGGGCCAGGGGUAUGAGGCCUGUGGCCCCAUGCGUCCCCCCCCAACCUGCCAUGACUACGGUCCUGAGCCUGGGUGGCACUGCCAGGCCGUUGCCCGUGUGGAGGGCUGCUUCUGUCCUGAGGGGACUCUCCUGCACUGAGGAGUCUGCCUCGAGCCGGCUUCCUGCCCCUGCGAGUGGCGAGGCAGCUUCUUCCCCCCGGGCACCGUACUGCAGAAAGACUGUGGCAACUGCACGUGCCAGCAAAGUCAGUGGCUUUCUGGGGAUGACGGUAGCCGCGGGGAGGAGCCGGUGCCUGGCUGUGCGGAGGGAGAGGCCCCAUGCCAGGAGGGCGGGCACUGUGUGCCCCACGGAUGGCUUUGUGACUACCAGGAUGACUGUGGCGAUGGCUCAGACGAGGUGGGCUGUGACACCCCAGGCCGUGGGGAGGGGCAGACGUCUUGCAGCUCCGGCCACUGCCUGCCCCUGGCCCUGAUCUGCGAUGGGCAGGACGACUGUGGAGACGGGACGGAUGAGCAGGGCUGCCCGUGCCCCCAGGACUCACUGGCCUGCGCUGACGGGCGCUGCCUGCCCCCCGCCCUGCUCUGCGAUGGGCACCCUGACUGUCCGGACGCUGCUGACGAGGAGUCCUGUUGGGGGCAAGUGAACUGCACCCCUGGGGAGGUGUCCUGCAUCGAUGGUGCCUGCGUGGGGACCAUCCACCUGUGUGAUGGAAUCUGGGACUGCCCAGAUGGAGCCGACGAGGGGCCAGGGCUCUGCCCGCUCCUCUCUCUGCCCACUCCCCCGGCUGGUACCUUGCCUGGCCCCUCCGCUGUCUCCAGGGAGACUGCACCUACUCCCCAAUUCAGCGUCAGCCCCGCGCCGCCCUGCGGCCUCUUCGCGAGCGGCGGCAGCGGCGAGUGCGCCCCGCAGGGCUGGCGCUGCGACGGCGAGGACGGCGAGCACGGCCGCGACCGGCCCUGCGCGCCGCACCUCCCGCCCUGCGCCCGCGGCCCGCUCUGUGUGGCCCCCGCGCAGCUGUGCGACGGCGCCGCACACUGUCCCCACGGCUCGGACGGGGACCCCGGCGCCUGCGAGGGGCUGCCAGUCCCAGGAGGCCCCAACAGGACAGGGCUUCCCGGCCCAGAAUACGCCUACCCGGAUGGCCUCUGUCUCGGUUUCCAGCUGGUGUGCACCGGGCAGCCUGACUGUGAAUUGGCGGGGGAGGCAGGGCCCUCCUGGGAAGAGCAGUGCUGUGAGGCCUGGGGCCCCUGGAGCCCAUGGGCGCCGUGCAGCCAGACGUGCGGGCCCGGGGUGCAGGGCUGCAGCCGCCGCUGCUCCCCGCCCAGUCUCCCGGUGCUGCGGCACUGCCCAGGCCCCGAGCACCAGACUCAGGCCUGCUUCACGGCCGCCUGCCCAGUGGACAGUGAAUGGACCUCCUGGUCUCCCUGGUCCCCAUGCUCUGAGCCAUGCAGGGGCACCAUGGCCCGGCAGUGGCAGUGCCGCCCACCCCGGAACGGGGCUCACACCUGUGCCGUGCUGCCUGGGGCCCCUCCCAGCACCCGCCAGACCAGACCCUGCCCUCAGGACGGCUGCCCCAAUGUCACCUGCUCCGGGGAGCUGGUGUUCCAUCCCUGUGCCCCUUGCCCUUUGACCUGUGAUGACAUCUCUGGUCAGGCCGAGUGCCCCACUGCGCCCUGCAGCAGCCCAGGCUGCUGGCGCCCCACGGGGCAGGUGCUGGGUGACGAGGGGUGGUGUGUGUGGCCGCGGCAGUGCCCCUGCCUGGUGGACGGCACCCGCUACUGGCGCGGGCGGCGCGUCGAGGCCGACUGCCGGCUCUGCAUCUGCCGAGAUGGACGGCCCCGGCGCUGCCGGCCCAGCCCAGACGGUGCUGUGAACUGUGGCUGGUCAUCCUGGUCCUGGACCGAGUGCCUGGGCCCCUGUGGGAGCCGCAGCAUUCAGUGGUCCUUCCGGAGCGCCAACAAUGCCCGCCUCGCUGGCCGAGGUCGCCAGCGCUGGGGCAUCCACCACAAGGCUCGCAGCUACUGCACCCGUGCCAGCCGAGGCCCCGCGAGGGUCCGCCGAGUCGGGGAUCGCUGGCGAGAGGGCCCCUGCAGCUGCCCGUGUCUGCACGGCAGCACGUCACGUAGCUCCCACUACUGCCCGCUGGGCACCUGCCCCCAGGACUGGGUUCUGGUGGAGGGAUUGGGAGAGUCAUGUUGCCACUGUGUCCUGCCUGGUUAACAACCCACAGUCCGCCACAUGGCCCCUCCAGCCCCAAGCCCCCGGAUCGGGGCCCCUCUGAUCACCUACAUUCUGCCUCCCCCCAGAGAUCCCUGCUAUUCUCCCCUGGGCCUGGCCCAACGCCCCGAGGGGAGCCUGCAUGCUUCGCCCCAGCAGCUGGAGCACCCCACCUGGGCUGCCAUCCUAAGGCCUCCCACGGAGGCACCUGGGCAGCAGGGCUGGAGCCCCGUAGAGGAAGCUUAUAUUCAGUGGCACGCCCAGCCCCCCUACUUGCAGCUGGACCUGCUAUGGCCCUGGAACCUCACUGGUGCGUGGGGAGGGGGCAAGGGCUGGGGGAGGAGGUGGCAGACGGUGGAUGGAGGGCCAAUGCCUGGUGUGUGUCCCCUGGGCAAGCAGUGGCUGGAGUCACAGGGCCCUGCUUCCUGUGCAGAGCUCAGUGCCCCAAGAGGGACUGACCAGCCCUCCCACCCUGGCUGCUGCUGCAGAGCACUGAACUCAGGGCGCGUGGCUCUGCUCUGCCAGCCCCGUGACCAGCACGUGACCCCGGGCGAGUGGCGUUCAGGGCCUCUCACUAUCGUGGCCUCUCUUGUUGAGGAGCACAGGCUCCUGUGGUCACCCUGGACCCCAUGGAGCGAGUGCUUGGCCUCCUGUGGCCCUGCCCGAUGCCACCGGCACCGCUUCUGCACCAGGCCUCCCGGCGUUACACCGUCCAGCUUGGCACUGCUGCCCCCACUGGCUUCUGCCCCACCUCCUUGCCCAGGCCCUGAGGCAGAGGAGAAGCCUUGCCUCCUGCUGGGGUGUGACCGUGUCCCGUGGAGCCCAGAUCCAAUCCCCCGCCACUCCUGUGUGGGCGGCCUCCAGAGCCGGACCCCACCCCGGGGCCUGGGGGAUUACUGCGAGGGGCCUCGGGCCCAGGGGGCCGCCUGCCAGGCUCUGCCAUGCCCAGUGACCAACUGCACCGCCAUCCAGGGGGCCAAGUCCAGCCCCUGUGGCCCUCCCUGUCCUUGCUCCUGUGACGACCUCGUGCACUGGGUUUGGCACUGCCAGCCAGGCGGUUACUGACCGCCGGGUCAGGUGCUGAGUGCCGACGACGCUGUCUGCGUGCCGCCCAGCCACUGCAGCUGCCUGGGCCUGCUGACCCGGGAGCGGCACCGUCCCGGCGCUCAAGUGGCGAGGCCCGAUGGCUGCAACUGCUGCACCUGCUCAGAGGGCAGGCUGACCUGCACAGACCUGCCUUGCCCAGUGCCUGGAGGCUGGUGCCCGUGGUCAGAGAGGACGGCGUGCUCCCAACCCUGCCGGGGCCAGACGAGGACCCGCUCCAGGGCCUGCACCUGCCCGGUUCCUCAGCAUGGAGGGGUUCCGUGCCCUGGGGAGGCGGGGGAGGCAGGGGCCCAGCAUCAGAGGGAGACCUGCGCCAGCCCCCCUGAGUGCCCAGUGGAUGGAGGCUGGGGCCCAUGGGGACCGUGGUCUCCCUGUGACGUUUGCCUGGGGCAGUCCCAUCAGAGCCGAGCAUGUAGCUGGCCCCCCACUUCUGAGGGAGGCCGGCCCUGCCCUGGGGGCCACAGGCAGAGUCGCCCCUGCCAGGACAGUUCUACUCAAUGCACAGACUGUGCAGGUGGCUAGGGUCUCCUCCCCUGUGGGCGGCCCUGCCCCCGCUCCUGCCGGGACCUGUCCCCCGGGGUCGUGUGCCAGCCAGGCUCGACAGGCUGCCAGCCCAGCUGUGGGUGCCUUGGCCAGCUGUCCCAGGACGGCCUUUGUGUGUCCCCAGCCCAGUGCCACUGCCAGUACCAGCCCGGAGCCAUGGGGAUCCCUGAGAACCAGAGCCGGUCCGCAGAGUCUGGGCUCAGCUCCUGGGAGAGCCUGGAGCCCGGGGAGGUGGCGACUGGACCGUGUGACAACUGCACCUGUGUGGCCGGCAUCCUGCAGUGCUGGGAGGUGCGGGGCUCCUGGGGCCCCUGGGAGGACGGCAGUGUUUCGUGUAGAGGAGGGGAGCAGCUGUGCUCCCGGCGCUGCGCCCGGCCACCCUGCCCCAGACCCCGCCUGAGCCGCAUCUGCUGCACCGAGGUCUGCAGAGAGGCAGGCUGCCCGGCUGGGCGUCUGCACCGGGAGUGCCAGCCUGGCGAGGGCUGCCCCUUCUCCUGCGCCCACAUCACUCGGCAGGUGGGCUGCUUCUCCGCUGGCUGCGAGGAGGGCCGUCACUGCCCCGAAGGCACCUUCCUGCACCGUUUGGCCUGUGUCCCGCAGUGCUCCUGUGUGCUGACUGCCUCGCUGCUGCAGGAGCUGCGAGCUGCCGGCGCUGACCCGGGGGCUCACCUGUCCAUUCUGGGAGAGGGGGGUCAGCCCCUUGGGCCUGGAGAUGAGUUGGGCUCAGGUCAGACCCUCCAUACAGGCUGCAGCAACUGGUUUGGACCGUGGAGAGCCAGGGAGCUGCAUGGGACCUGCGGUGCUCGGGGCCUUGACAGCUCUCGCAUUCUGACUCGUGGCCGCUCACCCAUGCCCUGGCUGAGCACCACACGCGUGCAGCUGCUCCCUGUCCUCGUCUCCCCUUCUGCACGGGGGCUGCUGGAGCAGGCUGGAGGCUGCAUUCCCCCAGAGCAGUGUAACUACCAGCACAUCUCAGGAGAAGGAGCUGGGGUGACCCUGGCCCCCGGGGACCACCUGCAGCUGGGCUGCAAAGAGUGUGAGUGCCUUCAUGGGGCGCUGCAGCGCACCAGCCGGGGCUGUCAAGGUCUUCUGCCUCUGAGCCGCUGGUCCGAGUGGUCACCCUGCGGGCCCUGCUCCAGGACUGCCCUAGAGGAGCACUGACCCGGGGACCCAGCUGGCCUCUCCCCCACCUCGGUCCCCACGCUGGCUUCAGAGCAGCACCGCCGCCGCCUCUGUUUGGACCCCGAGACGGGGAGGCCAUGGGCCGGGGAUCCAGACCUCUGCACCGUGCCACUCAGCCAGCAGCGUCUCUGCCCAGACCUGGGAGCCUGCCAAGGUUGAUGCCAGUGGAGUCCUUGGGGGGCCUGGAGCCACUGCCAGGUACCCUGCAGUGGGGGUUCCAGCUGCGCUGGAGGAGGCUGCCAGGGGCCAUGGGCUCAGACUGAGAGCUGCACCAUGGGGCCUUGCCCAGAGAGCUGCGAGGCCCAGGACCCCGUGCCCACCCUGGACCGUGCCGACCACUGCCCAAGAAGCUGUGCAGACCUCUGGGUCCGCGUGCAGUGUCUGCAGGGACGGCGCCACCCAGGCUGCCGCUGUCCCCCUGGCCAGCUGGUACAGGAUGGGCGCCGUGUGCCCAUGUCUUCUUGCCGCUGUGGCCUCCCCAGCCCCAGUGCUUCAUGGGUGCUGGCUCCGGCCAAGGGGUGGCUGGACUGCAAAAGCUGCACCUGUGUUAACGGGUCCCUGAUGUGCCGCCCCCAUGAGUGUCCAGCCCUCGGGCCUUGGUCAGCCUGGAGCAGCUGCAAGGAAGGUCCUGCGGGGGCACCGUGCCAGGCCCAGGACACGGAGCAACGGCAGGAACAUAACCUGCAGCCCUGCCCCGAGCGCCCACCUGGCCAGGUACUCAGCCCCUGUGCGACCUCGUGCCCGCGCCUGUGCUCGCAUCUGCAGCCUGGCACCCUCUGCAUGCAGGAGCCCUGCCAGCUUGGCUGUGACUGCCCUGGAGGGCAGCUGCUGCGCUAUGGCACGUGUGUGCGCCGCUCUCUGCCCUGGGGCCUCAGCUUGACUCCUGAAGAGCAGGGCUGGGAGCUGACCCCAGGGACUCUGCUCACCCAGAACUGCACCCGCUGUGUCGGCCAAGGCGGAGCCUUCAGCUGACCCGUCGCUGGCUGUCGGGUGCCCCCCCCCGGAGAAAUGUGGCAGCAGGUGGCCCCCGGGGAGCUGGGGCCCUGUGAGCAGACGUGCCGGGAGCCCAACGCCACGGAGACUCAGGGCAGCUGCAGUGCGGGGCAGGCACCGGGGGACCCUGGUGCGUGCACACCACUGCGAGUGCUGGCACCAGGGGCGCCCCCGCCCGGUGACACCACAGCCCUCCACGCGCCCUAG